GAAGGGCAUUUGGCAGAGUUAGUCAUAAGGAAGUCUGCAUGGUAUACUUUACCAAAAGUAGCUCACAUUUCAUUAAGCCCUGAUGUUUUAGUCACUUUAACGACUGAAUUAACAAUACUCCAGUCCAAAAGAACUAGAAAGGCAUAAGACACAUUGAAAGCACAGGUAUUGCCAACAUUAACCUAUUAAUUUCAAAUCACUUUUAUUAUUUUAAAAGCAGUCUGUUUUUAUGUGUACAGUUGUUUUCUUAUAGAAUCACUUUCUCUGUGUAUAGUAAGUAGCUAAAUAUGUCAGUUUACUAGUUCUGUUUCAUAGGAUCAGAGACUUUUAAAGCUAGAAGCAUCUGUAAAACUUAGCUCCUGUAGCCAUUUCCAUUUCUAAACGAGGGAACUGAGGCCCAAGUCAUUCAGUGAGUUUGAGAGAGAGCCAGCCCUCAAAUGUUUAGAUUCUUCACCCAGCAUUCUUAUUUCUUUCUACUAUACUAGCUACUAGUAUAAAUAAUGUACCUUGGUUUUAAAUUUUGUUUUUCAGAUAUUGGAAGAGGUGCCUGGAGAAAUGGAUGCUAGAAAAAAACACUGGAAGGAGAAUAUGUUUACUCCUUUUUUUAGUGCACAGGAUGUUCUAGAAGAGACUUCUCAGCCCGAAUCUUCUUCUGAACAAACAACUGCAGAUAGCAGCAAGGGAACGGAAGAAAUGUAUAAUUUGUCCAGCAGAAAGUUUCAAGAAGAAAAUAAAUUUACGAGGAAAGAAUAUAUUUUCCAACUAAAUGAAAUAGAACAAGAACCAAAUUUAAGAGAGAGCAAGAUAAACAUUUCAAGGAAUGAAACAGACACAAGUUCUGCUUCCUACGAAUCAUCUAAGGCGGAUGUUACAACAGAAGAAAGCUUUACUAGCACAGAAGAUAACUCUACCUGCAGUACAGAUAACUUACCACUACUACGACAAGACAUUAGAAAGAGAUUUAUUGGAAGAAUGUCUCCAAAACUUUGCUUGAAUCUUUUGAAUGAAGAACUGGAAGACCUCAAUAUGAAAUGUAGAAAAAUAGAAGAGGAAUUUGAAAAUGCUGAAAAAGAACUUUUGUACUCCAAAAAGGAAGUAUUCACAAAACCUCUAAAUUUUCAAGAAACAGAGACAGACGCUUCAAAAAGUGACUAUGAACUUCAAACUUUAAGAAAUGACCUGUCUGAAAAAGCAACAAAUGUAAAGAACUUAACUGAACAGCUCCAGCAAGCCAGAGAAGUCAUCCACAAGUUGAACCUAGAGAACAGAGAUUUGAAAGAAGCUGUUAGGAAGUUAAAGCAUCAAACUGAGUUUGGAAAUGUGCUCCUGAAAGAAGAAAUGAAAUUGUAUUAUGAAUUAGAAAUGGCAAAGAUGCGCAGAGAGCUCAGUGCCAUCAAGAACAAACUGAGAGCUGAGAAGACCCUGCAAGCAAGAAAUAACAGAGCCUUGGAGUUGCUUAGAAAACACUUUGCUUCUAUGGCAACAUCAUCAAGUAUCCUUGACCACUUUACUGGGGAUUUUUUUUAAAACUUAAAAAAGUCCUUCCAUUAGGCAAGUCAUUGAGCCCAAUCAGCGUUUAUUGUAUUUUCUUUGUGUAUUACUUAAAAUAUACGUAAUAAAAUGUAAUUUUCAUUUUUGGUGAAUCACAAUAUAUAUAUUCACUCAAAAACACAUAGUGAUUCACCAAAUCAUUUAUGAAUACAAAUCAACAGCCAUUUUGUGAUCUUGUAAGCAAUAUGUCCUUGGCACGUGAAUAUUUUUCCAUCUGUGUUCAUUAAUGUUAACAAUAAAAAUCUCGUUUAUGUGUAUAAG